GGCCAUCAAAAAGGCUGUAUGAAUCGGAUAGUGGCACUGAUGAGAAUGAGACAGCCACAGAGAGUAGGCCACCACAAGUUAUUGACCAAGCAACAACGCCCAAAGAGUCACAAAGCCUACUUUCAUCUCCGCCUCGCUUAUCUGCACAGGCAUUGCGAGAGGCUAGCAGUGAUGUGCAAAGUGCUUCUCCAAUACAAGGUGCUUCUCAUACACCCUUCCGUGGGCAGAUUAUUGGGCCCACUGCUGUUACACAGAUUCUCCGAGUCUUGGAGACAAUGCGAGAGAAGAAUCGUGAAAUUAAGAUGAUGGUGCAGCAAAUGCUGUUAAGGUCAGCAGCAGAUGACCAACCGCUGCAACUUCUGAAAUAUAUCUCAUUCCCUAUUGGUUAUCCUGAGCAGAUGGAAGCAUUCGAUAAGCUUCUGGGAGAUCAGACAAUGCUCUCAUCUGUGGUGCGGUUCCUCUCAAUGUUUGGUAUGGCAGAUGUACGGGAAACUGUUGACAGCUUGAUGAAAGAAACCAUGUCAAAUGAACUGGCAAGAAUGUACAAUAUGAAGUGGCUGAAGGGGAAGAAAAAGUUUGUGGGCCUCUAGAUACUGAAUGUAUUGUAUAAAUGUGUCCAAAGGAACUUGCCGACAAAGGCUGCAACGAGGAAGGAUGUUGAAAUAGAGGUUUCAAAGUGGCUGGCUAGGGCGCGGGACCGCGAUGGGGGAAGGAAAGCAAGAAACAAAGUGUCAGAGACCUUACCUGAAGAAAAUGAAGGAAGUGACUAGACAUGUUUUUAAUUUAAAAAUGCAAAUUUAUAGAGGAUAUUUGUUUGUUUGUGUGUAAGAUGAAAUUUUAUAUCAUCAAGAGAGCUUUAAAAACAGUAUUCUCGUGAGUGGCUAUGCGCUCGUGAGAACACUGUUUUUUUAAAGUUCCUUCAAUGAUAUAAAAUUACAUCUUACACAACAAACAAUAAAGUGUCUUUUUAUUUUAUGCUAAUGAAAUUUCCUCAAUAUUAACGUUAAUAUUAAAUCUGUUUUCCCCACUGUUAACAUCAAUUUUAGUUGAAUUUAAGUCCAAUUUCUCAUAAAUACAGGAAGUCUUGGGCUGAAAAAUAAGUUUGACAAUCAACGUUGAAUAGCCAUGAUAUUAUUUAUUGAAUUCAAAAAAUUUGAAUGAUAAUAAAAUCUUUAAAAAGUAGUCUCGUCAUAAAAAAGUUUGAAAUUUUAAUCAUUUCACUGUGAAAUUCACAAAUAUAUUUUUCACGGAUGCAUCAGUAAUACACUCAAAAGCAUAAAAUAAAUGACUUUUAUUUUACAUUUUCAAACCUUUACUUCAUCUGCAUAUAAGUUAUUCCACUGAUUGAAAGUCAAUAUGUAUCAAGGUAUUUUUAAAAUGUGAUAAGGGUCAGAACUACAGUAAGCGGCUCAUUUGUUUAUCUUGUUAUACUUUUUGUUGCUAAUUUUAAUGUUUGAGGUCAUCAGCAUAGCAUGUCUUUCUUGUAAAUGCAAAAUUCUUGUCUAGUCAAAUUUUGCCUUCUAGUCAGUAUAUUCUGCUGCUAUGUUAUGUUUGUUGUUGACAUUAUAUGCUGUUUUUCUGUUGUCUAUAUGCUGUUGUUUUUUUUCCAUUAAACAUUGUUACUGUACGGAGGAAGGUAGUCUAGUACUGGUGUAACUCUCCAGAAACGAUGGUUAGGAAACUACCCGCCUAUAUGACGUAAAAGGCGUAAAAUGAAACAAACAAACAAAAAACAUUGUAAAUAUUUAAAUCAAGACAAUAAAUGCUUGGGAAAUGUUUUUGAUACUGAUCAAUACAAUUAUAACAUCUUGUCAAAACUUGACACUGACAGGGAACACAUGUAUUGAUAUGGUAUUAACCUUUAAAAUAAAGUUGAAAUACUUUACAAUGAUGAUUCUUGUAAUCUUUAGUGUUGUUAUUGUUGAAACUUAAUAUCGGAGAAAUUACUGAAACCAACUAUUUUUACUGACAAUUUUUUUAAUGAAUUUCUUCACAACAAAUUUGAUCUUUGUGUAAUAUCACAUUUUAAUUAUUAUUGAUUUUUACAAACUUGUACAAACUAUUUUUUACUUUUCAUCAGCUGCAUAUUUUGUUUACAUGUCUAUAAACAGUAUUUCAAUGUGCCAAGAUUUUGUGUUUUAUAUUUGUUACUUUUCAUAAGCUGCAUAUUUUGUUUACACGUCUAUUAACAGAAUUACAACCGUGCCAACCUUUUGUGUAUCAUAUUUGUUACUUUAGCUGCAUAUUUUGUUAACACGUCUAUAUAAACAGUAUUACAACCGUGCCAACCUUUUUUGUAUUACUUUUUGUUACUUUUCAUUAGCUGCAUAUUUUGUUGACAAUUACAACAGUGCCAACCUUUUGUGUAUUAUAUUUGUUACUUUUCAUUAGCUGCAUAUUUUGUCCACACGUCUAUAAACAGUAUUACAACCGUGCCAAGGUUUUUUUAAUUAUAUUAAUUUUUUUUCAUCAGCUGCAUAAUAUUUUGUUUACACAUAUAUGAACAGUAUUACAACCGUGCCAAGGUUUUGUUAAUUAAAUUAAUUUUUUUUCAUCAGCUGCAUAAUAUUUUGUUUACACAUCUAUGAACAGUAUUACAACUGUGCCAAGGUUUUGUUUUAUUAUAUUUGUUACUUUUCACGAGCUGCAUAACAUUUUUAGCUCGACUUUUCUAUGAAAAGGGGAGCUAUCCUACUCGCCCCCCGGCGUCGGCGUUGGCGUCACACCUUGGUUAAGUUUUUCGUACCACCCCACUUUAUUUCAGAAGUAUUACAAGUAUGGCUUUGAAACUUACCAUACUUGUUCACCAUCAUAACCUCCAUCUACAGACAAGAGUACAUAACUCUGUCAAGGUUUUUGACAGAAUUAUGGCCCUUUUUUGACUUAGAAAGUGUAUUGAGCUUGGUUAAGUUUUUUGUACCACCUCACUUUAUUUCAAAACCAUUGGAGGUAUUGCUUUGAAACUGACCAUACUUGUUUACCAUCACGACCUUCAUCAACAGACAAGAGGACAUAACUCUGUCAAGGUUUUUGACAGAAUUAUGCCCCUUUUUGACUUAGAAAAUACAUUGAAUAUGGGUAAAAUCCACUUAUUGCCUUAACCCUUUGAGAUAUUGCUUUGAAACUUUUAAUGCUAUUUCACAUCAUUACCCCAUCUGUACGCAAGAGAAGGUAACUCUGUCAAGGAUUUGUUUUAAAAAUUAAGGCCUUUUAUCGACUUAGAAUCUUGGUUAAGUUUUUAGUACCAGUCCACUUUUUGACUGAACUGUUUGAGAUAUUAAUUUGAAAGUUGGAAUACUUGUUUACCAUCAUGGUCCCAAAACAUGGGCAGGAGAAGGUAAUUCUGUUAAGGAUUUUAUUUGAAUUAUGGCCCUUUUUGACUUAGAAACUCAGUUAAGAUUUUCAUUCUUGUCCACUUGUUGACUUAACCAUUUGAGAUAUUACUUUGGAAGUUGGAGUUCUUAUGUGCCAUCAUGAGACCUAUCUGUAAGCAAGAGAAGAUAACUCUGUGAAAAUGUUUCUUGAUUUGUACUUAGAAAUUCCUAGUUAAAGUCUUGUGUGCCCUUAACUGUCAAAGUUUUGUUUUAUAGGCAAGCACUAAAAAAGUCGAGCGCGCUGUCCUUCUGACAGCUCUUGUUUUCUUCAGCACUACCAUACCAAAGUGUAAUACAUGGUUGUAAUGAACAACUUUUUACAUUAAUUGAUGUAGAUCUAUAUCAUUUGAAAAUGAAAGUAAUUGGUAGAUAGAAAUUUGUAAUGAAUUACAGUAAAUGUAUAAUACUUUUUCUAUGAAUUAUGUAGAAAGUUAAAAAGACAUUUGGGGUCAUACUGUUGAUUCACUGAAAUUUAAACAUUAUACACAUAUAUUUCUUGGAGUUCCAAAGACCUUCUGUAAAGUUUUACCAGUGUCUAGCAUAAGUUUUAUUUUUCCUUAUAGUGAUCUGUAAGAUAUUUAAUGUUAUAAAACUGCAUUUUUAGCUCGACUAUUCGAUAAGAAUAAGUAGAGCUAUUGCAGUCAUCCGAGCGUCGGCGUAACCACUUAUGUUAAAGUUUUUGUAAUAGUUCAACUAUUUUCAAAGUCCAUUGACAUAUGGCUUUGAAACUUUGCACACUUGUUCACCAUCAUGACCCAAACCUGUAGACAGGAGAAGGUAACUCUAUCAAGCAUUUUGACAGAAUUAUGCCCCUUUUUCGAGUUAGAAUUUACGUUAAAGUUUUUGUAAUAGUUCAAAUAUUUUCAAAGUCCACUGACAUAUGGCUUUGAAACUUUGCACACUUGUUCACCAUCAUGACCCCAACCUGUAGACAGGAGGAGGUAACUCUAUCAAGCAUUUUGACAGAAUUAUGCCCCUUUUUCGACUUAGAAUUUACGUUAAAGUUUUUGUAAUAGUUCAAAUAUUUUCAAAGUCCAUUGACAUAUGGCUUUGAAACUUUGCACACUUGUUCACCAUCAUGACCCCAACCUGUAAAGAGGAGGAGGUAACUGUAUCAAGCAUUUUUUUUACUAUCAAGCACUAAGAAUAGUCGAGCGUUGCUGUCCUACCGACAGCUCUUGUUAAUUAUUCUGUUCGUACAUUAUAAACAGUUUUCCAUUACAUGUUGCUUAUUUAGUGUACCAAAGUAAUAUUUACUACAUUUGUUGACAUCAGGCGUCCACAGAAUGUAUUUGUAUAUAUAUGAUGAUACACUUACCAUAAGUGAGAUUACUAAAUAAAGUUACAUUGUUAAAGCAUA